AUGACACUGACCCAACAACGGCGUCCAUCAUAUCCACCGGCAUAUCAAGACACCGAUCUGCCCGUCAUGCAGGAAGAAGGAGAGGGUGCCGGUAGAGAGGGUGGUGAAAAGGUCGAGCACAAGGACUCAACGCCAGCCAAGGGCAGCUGGCUAGACCGUAUCAAGAGCAGAGGGAAAGAGCCCAGGGCGGCAAAGCUGGACGACACUCUCGACGACCAAGGCCACGAUAGUCCUGACACCAUGGACGGGGCUCCCGAAGAGCUUCCCAGUUACACAAGCUCCAUUGCCAUCGAAGGCAUAUUUCACAAGAAGCAUGAAAUUGAAGAUACCACCAAGAGAGCCGAAGAUCGCCAGUGGCAUACCGUCGCCGUCGUUCUCAACGGAACGGCCCUGAGCAUCUACAACACCAAGAAGGACUGGGGCUGGGGCAAGGCACGCGAUGGCCCUUCGAUUAGUCCAGACAACCCUCCUUGGAUCAGGAAGGCAAAAUUAGAAAAGACGUACAGCCUAUUACACGCGGAUGCUGGUAUUGCUGCCGACUACAAAAAACGACGCUACGUUAUCCGAGUGCGAGCUGAGACCGAUCAAUUUUUGUUGGCAUGCAUCGAACUCAGCACAUUCGUCAAGUGGCUCGAGUGCUUGUUUGCGGCUAUUGAUGUUGCAGCCCCCAUCGAUGAGCGAGAUUUCCCUCGCGACAUGUCUAUCCCCCGCAUCCAGCGGAUUCGAUGGUUCCGCAGUCAUACCGGCGUCGUCUACCCCAGCACGCAACCGGAGAUUCAGCAAGAUCCCCCUCCAGAGGCCGAGGGGUCGACUGACCCCUCGGAUGCUGCAGAGCAACGACCUUCAUCUCCUCCGCCACUGCCAACUCCAACGCCAGCCCCGUCACGACCUCGCCCUGCGGAGGAGAACCAAGGUAACGAGGUUCCAGGGCCGCAUUCGAGGAUCGACCCCAGGAAUGAUCCAUUUCACCCUCUCACCACGUCCAUGUCCCAGAACCCAUCCAUCGACCCUCACACGGGAAAAUGGUUUCCCGAACACCAGUGGUCCACCGCUCACGACUUGUUAUACGCCAAGCUUUGCUACAGUAACUUGUUGUUCCGGAGUCCUCGCAAAUCAAACUACAUCAUCAGCAAAGGGAAGCAAUGGUUCGUCGACUGGGGCACGGGCAGGAUGGUGCGCGUGCUUCCCCCGGCAUACGGAGAGACGGAUUUCUUUGGUCCCUGGCAGGUGGUACAUACGGAAAACAGGAGGAUAUAG